AUGCAGCCCGCAGUGCUUCUCGGCCUCCUGGGAGCCACGAUGAUGGCGGCUGUCAGUUCUGUGCCAGUGGACAUCAGGAACCACAGUGAAGAAAUGGUGACUCGCUGCAUCAUCGAGGUCCUCUCAAAUGCCUUGUCGAAGUCCAACACUCCACCCAUCACCCCUGAGUGCCGACAAGUCCUGAAGAAGAGUGGAAAACAGCUCAAAGAUGAAGAGAAAAGUGAAAAUGAAAACACAAGGUUUGAAGUGAGAUUGUUAAGAGACCCAGCUGACGCCUCAGAAACCCCCAGGACCUCCAGUAGGGAGGACGCAGGGGAGGAGGACGCCCAAGGCCAGACAGUGGCAGACACAGAGGGUGGUGGGCACAGCCGAGAGCGGGCAGGCGAGCCCCAAGGCAGCCAAGUGGCCAAAGAAGCAAAGACACGCCAUUCUGAGAAGAGCAAGGGACACGACAGGGAGGAAGAGGAGACAGAGGAAUAUCAGAAAAGGGAGCGUGUGGAAGACGGCAGUGAGGAGAGACACCCUGGAGGGCCAGGAGAGGCACAAACUGCUCUUCUCAGCCACAGAAACCAGACUCCAGCUAAGAAAGAGGAGUUAGUGUCCAGAUACGAUACGCAGUCUGCGGGGGGCCUUGAGAAGUCGCACAGCCGGGAGAGGAGCAGCCAGGAGAGUGGAGAGGAGACCGGGAGCCAGGAGAAUGGGCCCCAAGAGCCGCAAAGCCACCCCGAGCGCCAGGAAGGACCCGAGGAGAGCGAGGAGGAUGUCAGCCCCGAGGUGGACAAGCGACGCUCGAGGCCAAGACACCACCACGGGAGGAGCAGGCCCGACAGGUCCUCUCAGGAAGGGAAUCCUCCCACUGAGGGAAGGGGGUACUCCCGGGAGGAGCCCCACGUGGGCACAGCCGGCUCAGGGGAAAAGAGAGCCCGCCAUCCAACCCUCUCCAGGGCUUCAGAGGAAGAAGCCGAAUACGGGGAGGAAGUGAGGAGUCACCCGGCUGCCGGGGCUCCCAGGCCUCCCAGCGAGGAGAGCCCGGAACAGGAGGACAGGAGGAAAGGCCUCGGCCUAGAGCUGAAUAGCAUGGCGCACGGCUAUGACGAGGAGAGCGAGGAAGAGAGAGGCCAGGAGGGGGGACCCCGCCACAGAGCCCGGGGAGGGGAGCCGGGAGCCUACUCCACGCUACACCAAACAGAAGAGAAACGGUUCUUGGGUGAAGCACACCACCGUGCUCAGGAAAGCCAGACGGACAAGGCGAGGCGGCAUCCACCAGGCGAGUUGAGAAAUUACCUCGACUAUGAUGAGGAAAAGGGUGAGGAAGGAGCCCGGGGGAAGUGGCCGCAGCUGGGGGACCCGCAAGACGCUGAAGAGAACAGGGAAGAAGCUGGGCUUCGAGGCAAACAGCAUGCUCCCCAUCACAUCACCGACAAGAAGAGAUUAGGGGAGCUUGCCAGUCCGUACUACGGCCCUCCCCAGUGGAAGAGCAGCCGGUUUGAGAGAAAAGACCACAUGGAUGACAGUUUUCUUGAGGGCGAAGAGGAGAACGGGCUGACCUUGAAUGAGAAGAAUUUCUUCCCAGAAUACAACUAUGACUGGUGGGAGAAAAAGCCCUUUGAGGAGGAUGUAAACUGGGGGUAUGAGAAGAGAAACCUGGCCCCCAAACUGGAUCUGAAAAGGCAGUAUGACAGAGUGGCCGAACUGGACCAGCUCCUUCACUACAGGAAGAAGUCGGCUGAGUUCCCGGACUUCUAUGACUCAGAGGAGCAGAUGGGCCAUCGCCACGCAGCAGAAAAUGAAGAGGAGAGGGCUGGCCAAGGAGUUCUGACGGAGGAAGAGGAAAAAGAACUUGAAAACUUGGCUGCGAUGGAUUUGGAACUACAGAAAAUAGCUGAGAAAUUCAGUGGUAACCGAAGGGGCUGAUGGUCGUUGGAGCAAAGGGCAGAUUUUAAAAGCAGCCCUCACAUGAUCUGUUUUCCACCACUUCACUGAAAGACCCCAUUUAUUUACCCAAAGGCAGAAAGUAGAAUUUACCGUUCAUCAAAUGUUUGACACGAUUGGAAAUGUCCUUAAUUUUUGCCAGAAUGUUAUUGAAAAUAUGAAUAGCAUGACUUGUAGCAUAUUCUUUAUCAAAAAAUAGAUAUAUUAACAUGCUUGUGACAAUGACUGUGCUACUGUCCUUGAAAAAAUGUCUCAGUUUGAAGUAAUAAAAGAUUCA